AUGCGAACACAUCUCGCGCGGAGUGACGCCCUUAUCUUGACAAAAGCACCGUCGUUGCGUCGGUUGCAGGUGUGGUUCAGUAAUCGCAGAGCGAAGUGGCGUCGAGAGGAGAAAUUACGGAACCAAAGGAGAGCAGCCGUCGAUCAGGUAGUCGGCGGUGGUAGCAGCGGGGGCGGCAGCAGCACCGCGCCCCCGGCCGCCACCCCUGCCACGCCACGGUUGCCUUUAAACGCCGGAUUCAACGCCAUGUACUCGUCGAUACCGCAGCCGAUCGCUACCAUGCCCGACACCUAC